AGCAAAGAGAAAGGUGGAAGAAGCAAAGAGAAAGGUGGAAGAAGCAAAGAGAAAGAUGGGAGAAGAACAACAGAUGCUGAAAAAGCAAGCCAGGCUAACGGAGACCCUGAGCGAUAGAAAAAGAAGAGACGGGGAAGAGAGAAAGGAAGAUGAAAAUAAGUGUGUGAAGGAAGCAAGGGAAGGAGACAGGAGAGAGCUCCUGAAAGAAAAGAGACUAAGUGCAGAAGAAAAUAUGACACACAUGGAGAAACAAAUGAGAGAGCUGGAGGUCAAAGAUUCCUCCAUCUUCUCAGCUGGUGCUGAGGUCAAACAGACCCAGUGCAAAGAUGUCUCCAUGGUUACUGCAACUGAGUCAAAGACUCUGAACCCUCAGAAAGACCAGCCAGCAAAUCAAGGCGUGGCCAAGGUCCCCCAGGUUCUGCAGGUCAAAGUGAGUAAGAAAAGUGAGAGUGUCCAAAAGAAAGAUGGGAAUGACAAAGUAACAGCGGCAAAGACAGAGGCAGAGCUCCUUAUGGACAAAUUUGAGAGGAUGGCAGAAGAGGAGAGAAUUUGGCCUUGUCAGAAGGAUAGGAGAGAUAAAGACCAGGCCAAAGAGAUAGAGGGAAAGAGAAAGGAGGAGGAGGUGCUGUCUAAAGAAGAGCAGCGCAGGCUGAGGAAUGAGAAGGCCUUACAGGAACACCUGGACAGGGUAAAGAAUCCGGAAAGGACAGGCAAACAGACCAGACAACCACAAUGUAAAGAUUACUCUAUUUUCACUGCAUCAGGGCUAAAGAGCAAGGACCCGCAUGAUCAACAGUCAGCAAAAUGCAAAGAUUUCUCUGUGUUUUCCACGAGUAGUCAAGGCGUGGCCAAGGUCCCCCAGGUCAAAGUGAGUAAUAAAAGUGAGAGUGUCCAAAAGAAAGAUUGGAAUGACAAAGUAACAGCGCCAAAGACAGAUGCAGAGCUCAUUAUGGACAAAUAUGAGAGGAUGGCAGAAGAGGGGAGAAGGGGGCCUUGUCAGAAGGAUAGGAGAGAUAAAGACCAGGCCAAAGAGAUAGAGGGAAAGAGAAAGGAGGAGGAGGUGCUGUCUAAAGAAGAGCAGCGCAGGCUGAGGAAUGAGAAGGCCUUACAGGAACACCUGGACAGGAUAGAGAAUCCGGAAUUGACAGGCAAACAGACCAGACAACCACAAUGUAAAGAUUACUCUAUUUUCACUGCAUCAGGGCUAAAGAGCAAGGACCCGCAUGAUCAACAGUCAGCAAAAUGCAAAGAUUUCUCUGUGUUUUCCACGAGCAGUCAAGGCGUGGCCAAGGUCCCCCAGGUCAAAGUGAGUAAUAAAAGUGAGAGUGUCCAAAAGAAAGAUGGGAAUGACAAAGUAACAGUGCCAAAGACAGAUGCAGAGCUCAUUAUGGACAAAUAUGAGAGGAUGGCAGAAGAGGGGAGAAGGGGGCCUUGUCAGAAGGAUAGGAGAGAUAAAGACCAGGCCAAAGAGAUAGAGGGAAAGAGAAAGGAGGAGGAGGUGCUGUCUAAAGAAGAGCAGCGCAGGCUGAGGAAUGAGAAGGCCUUACAGGAACACCUGGACAGGAUAGAGAAUCCGGAAUUGACAGGCAAACAGACCAGACAACCACAAUGUAAAGAUUACUCUAUUUUCACUGCAUCAGGGCUAAAGAGCAAGGACCCGCAUGAUCAACAGUCAGCAAAAUGCAAAGAUGUCUCCAUGGUUACUGCAACUGAGUCAAAGACUCUGAACCCUCAGAAGGACCAGCCAGCAAAGUGCAAAGAAUUCUCUGUGUUUUCCAUGAGCAGUCAAGGCGUGGCCAAGGUCCCCCAGGUUCUGCAGGUCAAAGUGAGUAAGAAAAGUGAGAGUGUCCAAAAGAAAGAUGGGAAUGACAAAGUAACAGCGCCAAAGACAGAGGCAGAGCUCCUUAUGGACAAAUUUGAGAGGAUGGCAGAAGAGGAGAGAAUUUGGCCUUGUCAGAAGGAUAGGAGAGAUAAAGACCAGGCCAAAGAGAUAGAGGGAAAGAGAAAGGAGGAGGAGGUGCUGUCUAAAGAAGAGCAGCGCAGGCUGAGGAAUGAGAAGGCCUUACAGGAACACCUGGACAGGGUAAAGAAUCCGGAAAAGACAGGCAAACAGACCAGACAACCACAAUGUAAAGAUUACUCUAUUUUCACUGCAUCAGGGCUAAAGAGCAAGGACCCGCAUGAUCAACAGUCAGCAAAAUGCAAAGAUUUCUCUGUGUUUUCCACGAGCAGUCAAGGUGUGGCCAAGGUCCCCCAGGUUCUGCAGGUCAAAGUGAGUAAUAAAAGUGAGAGUGUCCAAAAGAAAGAUGGGAAUGACAAAGUAACAGCGCCAAAGACAGAGGCAGAGCUCCUUAUGGACAAAUUUGAGAGGAUGGCAGAAGAGGAGAGAAUUUGGCCUUGUCAGAAGGAUAGGAGAGAUAAAGACCAGGCCAAAGAGAUAGAGGGAAAGAGAAAGGAGCAGGAGGUGCUGUCUAAAGAAGAGCAGCGCAGGCUGAGGAAUGAGAAGGCCUUACAGGAACACCUGGACAGGAUAGAGAAUCCGGAAUUGAGAGGCAAACAGACCAGACAACCACAAUGUAAAGAUUACUCUAUUUUCACUGCAUCAGGGCUAAAGAGCAAGGACCCGCAUGAUCAACAGUCAGCAAAAUGCAAAGAAUUCUCUGUGUUUUCCACGAGCAGUCAAGGCGUGGCCAAGGUCCCCCAGGUUCUGCAGGUCAAAGUGAGUAAUAAAAGUGAGAGUGUCCAAAAGAAAGAUGGGAAUGACAAAGUAACAGCGCCAAAGACAGAGGCAGAGCUCCUUAUGGACAAAUUUGAGAGGAUGGCAGAAGAGGAGAGAAUUUGGCCUUGUCAGAAGGAUAGGAGAGAUAAAGACCAGGCCAAAGAGAUAGAUGGAAAGAGAAAGGAUAAGGAGGUGCUGUCUAAAGAAGAGCAGCGCAGGCUGAGGAAUGAGAAGGCCUUACAGGAACACCUGGACAGGGUAAAGAAUCCGGAAUUGACAGGCAAACAGACCAGACAACCACAAUGUAAAGAUUACUCUAUUUUCACUGCAUCAGGGCUAAAGAGCAAGGACCCGCAUGAUCAACAGUCAGCAAAAUGCAAAGAUUUAUCCAUCUUUUCAGCUGAUGCUCAGACGCAGCAGUGCAAAGAUUUCUCUGUGUUUUCCACGAGCAGUCAAGGCGUGGCCAAGGUCCCCAGGUUCUGCAGGUCAAAGUGA